AGAAAUCGAACCCGAAUUUACCAGAGUGUGUUUUCCCUCCUUUGUAUUGUAUGUUAAUGUUACUGACGGAAUCAAUCAAGCACGUCUGACCUCCAUUAAAUUUUUAUAAUUUCCCUUCCAAGCUUCGAUUUUGACCUUCUGGGUUAAAUCACGGAAGAGUUUUCUUUUCGGGUAGCCGCCGCAAUUUUACCCAUCUGAGCCAAAAAAAACCCUAGAAACUGGGAUUGUACGAGGAAGAGGAAGAGCUUUUGCCAAUUUUGGGGUAUCAUCGAAUUUGAUUUUUUCUGUUUUCUCUCGUUCCAUCCGGAUUCAGAACGAAACCCUAACCCUAAAAUCCUCUUUCGAUUGCUUUGCUGAUUUUGUCGAAACCAUUUUAUUUUCCUUGUCUAUUCCUCUUUCGAGUUUUUAGGAUUCUGAACUAUUUUUGAAUAUUACAGACGUUUUUUUGCCUCCCCCUGUAUUAAUUGAGCAAACAUAGCGAUCUAUCUAUCUCUGUAUAUAUACAUAUAUGUACACACACACUUGUAAGUAGAAUAGUGAGGAAGAAGGUGAAAUGAGUAGGCUCUCUUUCCGGCCACGGCCAUUGGAUAUACACAAGAAGCUUCCUAUUUUAAAAUCCUUUAAAGACUUUGAAGACGACGACACUCCAACUUCUACUACUAGAAAUUCUCAGUUGCUGCGUAUAGCUUCCGUUGAGGUUGACAAUGAGGUUGCACCAGUGCCAAGCAAGAAACCAGCUUCAGAAAUACCAACACCUCAGUUUGUUAUUGUGGAUACUUAUGAAAGGGAUUAUUCUCCGACUUUUGGUCAACCUGCUUCUUAUCUUCGUGCAAGAGGAGCUCGGUCUGAGCUUGGAGAAUUUGUGGAGUAUGAUCUUGACAAUGAGGAUGAAGAUUGGCUUUAUGAGUUUGAUAACGAUAAAAAUGAACUUUCACCGGAAAAGCUUGAGGGCAUUAUUUUUAAACUAGAGGUUUUGGAUCACAAGACGCGGGAAAGAGCUGGAGUUAUUGCACCUACUCUCGGUUCUCCGGUUCCUGUGCUUUUGCAGUUUGAUGCUGCUGUUGAUGCGCUGCAAUCUCUGUCCAUUAACUAUGGAACCUUUCAGGCUAUCUUCAACUACUGGAAAGACAAGCGCAAAAGAUGGCAGAAGCCUGUCUUGCGGCGUUUACAGCCUCCUCCACCGGUCAAUGAUACCAAUCCCUACAAUGUGUUUAGGCCAAGGGAGAAAGUUCAUAGACUCCACACAAGAAGGAUGCAGAGGAGAGAAAACAAUGUGCAGUCAUUUGAAAAGCUUCGACAGGUUAGACGCAAUCUUGGCCAAGCACAGACCAUUCUGGAGGCUCUCAUUAAGAGAGAAGAGAAGAAGAGGGAUGUCAUGGACAGUGAGGUUAGCCUUCAGAGAAUCCAACUCCAAUACAGGCAUGAAACAGAGCUCCUGGAAGAUAGCUUGGCUCUGCCUGGAUUUCAACCCACUACAACAUCAUACAAAUUUGGCUCAAGCGACGAUGAAUUAAUGGACUCUGAUGAUUACACUAGCACCCGUGUACGAACUCGACCUGCCAUUAUCCCUAAUUCUCGUUUCACCAACUUAAAUAUGAACGCAUCUCAACCGGGAGGAAUCAAGCAAGAAGUUAGAAGACGACAGUUGCAUCACGGAUGGCUUCACAAACUGGAUCCUAAUGAACCAGUCAUGCUGUUCACGAAACCGCUGGUUCCAGAUAAACUGGCAGCUGCAGGGAUCGUUCCUCCAGCACCAGAUUCAUCGCCGGGUCAACCUCCAAGCCGGUUUCAGGGGAGGAUUGGUCGUGGUGGCCGGAUAAUAUUUGAUCGAUGGAAUCCGUUGAUGCAAUCUCACAUUAAUUGUGGAGACUCUUACUACAUGGCACCAAAACACCGAUCCACCAACUUUAAUUGAAAUAUUUUUCAGAAUCUCUUUGUAAAGAAUUUUCUUUUCGAUCACCAAUGGUGAUGAAAACAAGUGUAACAACAAACUUGAGCUAUUACUGUAUGUUUUUUAUGUAUCCUCAGGUUUUUAUCGGUUAAGGGAAUAAUUCUGUUGAUUCCUAACCCGGUUAUAUCACCGGGUCAGAAAACCAAUAAAUAUUGUACCAGGGACAAAAAUGUAAUAAUGUAUUAAAUUCA